AACAGGUCCCAGGACCACUGUCCCUCUGGGUCAAGUCCACUUCUGGCCCUGCCCCACACCCAUUGGAGCUCCCCUGCUGGAGAAUUCUCCAAAGCCUCCCAAGUUACUCCCCCUAUUGCUUGAGGAGGCUCAUUGGUACGCCCGGCCAGUAAGGACCUAGACCAUCAGGUCUUAGGACCUCUGACCCUCUGGGUCAAGUCCAUUACCGGACCCGCACCAUUGGAGCUCACUUGCAGGAGGAGACUUCCACAAACCCGGGAAGUUAUCCCCCCUAUUUCUUGAGGACACUCACCAGUGUACCUGGCCAGUAGGGACCUGCGAAGACAGGUCCCAGGACCACUGACCCUCUGGGUCAAGUCCACUUCUGGCCCUGUCCCACACCCAUUGGAGCUCCCCUGCUGGAGAAUUCUCCAAAGCCUCCAAAGUUAUUCCACCUAUUGCUUGAGGAGGCUCAUUGGUACGCCCGGCCAGUAAGGACCUAGGCCAUCAGGUCCUAGGACCUCUGACCCUCUGGGUCAAGUCCAUUACCGGAUCCCCACCAUUGGAGCUCAUUUGCAGGAGGAGACUUCCAAAAGUCUCUGAAGCUAUCCCCCCUAUUUCUUGAGGACACUCUCCAGUGUGCCUGGCCAGUAGGGACCUACGAAGACAGGUCCCAGGACCACUGACCCUCUGGGUCAAGUCCACUUCUGGCCCUGCCCCACACCCAUUGGAGCCCCCCUGCUGGAGAAUUCUCCAAGGCCUCUGAAGUUAUUCCACCUAUUGCUUGAGGAGGCUCAUUGGUACGCCCGGCCAGUAAGGACCUAGGCCAACAGGUCCUAGGACCUCUGACCCUCUGGGUCAAGUCCAUUACCGGACCCCGACCAUUGGAGCUCAUUUGCAGGAGGAGGAGACUUCACAAGUCUCUGAAGCUAUCCCCCUAUUUCUUGAGGACACUCACCAGUGUGCCUGGCCAGUAGGGACCUACGAAGACAGGUCCCAGGACCACUGACCCUCUGGGUCAAGUCCACUUCUGGCCCUGCCCCACACCCAUUGGUGCUCCCCUGCUGGAGAAUUCUCCAAAGCCUCUGAAGUUAUUCCACCUAUUGCUUGAGGAGGCUCAUUGGUACGCCCGGCCAGUAAGGACCUAGAACACCAGGUCCUAGGACCUCUGACCCUCUGGGUCAAGUCCAUUACUGGACCCCCACCAUUGGAGCUCACUUGCAGGAGGAGACUUUCACAAGUCUCUGAAGCUAUCCCCCCUAUUUCUUGAGGACACUCGCCAGUGUGCCUGGCCAGUAGGGACCUACAACAACAGGUCCCAGGACCACUGACCCUCUGGGUCAAGUCCACUUCUGGCCUUGCCCCACACCCAUUGGAGUUCCCCUGCUGGAGAAUUCUCCAAAGCCUCUGAAGUUAUUCCACCUAUUGCUUGAGGAGGCUCAUUGGUACGCCCGGCCAGUAAGGACCUAGGCCAUCACGUCCUAGGACCUCUGACCCUCUGGGUCAAGUCCAUUACUGGACCCCCACCAUUGGAGCUCAUUUGUAGAAGGAGGAGAUUUCACAAGUCUCUGAGCUAUCCCCCCUUAUUUCUUGAGGACACUCACCAGUGUGCCUGGCCAGUAGGGACCUACGAAGACAGGUCCCAGGACCACUGACCCUCUGGGUCAAGUCCACUUCUGGCCCUGCCCCACACCCAUUGGAGCUCCCCUGCUGGGAAUUCUCCAAAGCCUCUGAAGUUAUUCCACCUAUUGCUUGAGGAGGCUCAUUGGUACGCCCAGCCAGUAAGGACCUAGGCCAACAGGUCCUAGGACCUCUGACCCUCUGGGUCAAGUCCAUUAUCGGACCCCCACCAUUGGAGCUCAUUUGCAGGAGGAGGAGGAGACUUCACAAGUCUCUGAAGCUAUCCCCCUAUUUCUUGAGGAAGCUUGUUGGUGUACCUGGACAGAGGGAACCAAGGUCUUCAGGUCCUGACCUCUGGCCCUCUGGGUCAACUCCAUUGUUCACACCCUACCUUUUGGAGCUCUCCUGCAGGUGGGGAAUUCUCCAAGCCUCUCAAGUCAUCUCCCUUACUGUUUGAGGAGGCUCACUGUUGUGCCUGGACAAAGAGACCUAGGUCUUUAGGUCCCAGGACCUCUGACCCUCUGGGUCAAGUCCAUUGUCCAUCCCCCAAUUAUUGGAGCUCCCCUGCGGGUGGAGAAUUCUCCAAGUCUCCAAAGUUAUUUCUUGAGGAGGCUUAUUGGUGAGGUCAAUCUAUAGCGACCAACACCACCAGGUCCCAAGACCUCUGACCCUAGGGGUCAAGUCUCCUCCCCAGUUGAGGAGAAGUCCUCGUUUUCUACAUUACUUCUAUUUCUUAAGGAGACUCCUGGUGAGGUCAGCUCUUAGGUCUAACACCAGCAGACCCCAAGACCUCAGGGUCAAAUCUAUAGCCGGCCUCCAACCAGCUGGAUCUCCGCAGUCUCCUACUUUACUUCCUCGAAUUCCUGAGGGUUGAAAAAUGACCAUAGUUGACAAAACUGAACCUUCAGACCCAUCAUCCUGUCAGAACCAGCCUGGCAGUUCUGAGGCGGUCUCACCUGAAGACAUGGACACAGGCUCUGCCAGCUGGGGUGCCGUGUCUUCAAUAAGUGAUGUUUCAAAUCAUACACUUUCAUUAGGGCCAGUGCCUGGUGCUGUAGUUUAUUCUAAUUCAUCUGUACCUGAUAAAUCAAAACCAUCACCACCAAAGGACCAAGUCCUAGGUGAUGGCAUUGCUCCUCCUCAAAAGGUUCUAUUUCCAUCUGAAAAGAUUUGUCUUAAGUGGCAGCAAACUCAUCGAGUUGGCGCUGGGCUCCAGAAUUUGGGCAAUACCUGUUUUGCCAAUGCCGCAUUGCAGUGUCUGACCUACACACCACCCCUCGCCAAUUACAUGUUAUCCCAUGAACACUCCAAGACAUGCCACGCAGAAGGAUUUUGUAUGAUGUGCAUAAUGCAAACACACAUUACCCAGGCACUCAGCAACCCUGGGGACGUUAUCAAGCCCAUGUUCGUCAUCAAUGAAAUGCGGCGUAUAGCUAGACACUUCCGUUUUGGAAACCAAGAAGACGCCCAUGAAUUUCUUCAGUACACAGUUGAUGCCAUGCAGAAAGCCUGUUUAAAUGGCAGCAACAAAUUAGACAGACACACCCAAGCUACCACCCUGGUCUGCCAGAUAUUUGGAGGCUACCUAAGAUCUCGAGUUAAAUGUUUAAAUUGCAAGGGUGUUUCAGAUACCUUUGAUCCAUAUCUGGACAUAACAUUGGAGAUUAAGGCUGCUCAGAGUGUUACCAAGGCAUUAGAGCAGUUCGUGAAGCCGGAACAGCUGGAUGGAGAAAACGCCUACAAAUGCAGCAAGUGCAAAAAAAUGGUUCCAGCUUCAAAGAGAUUCACCAUCCAUAGGUCCUCUAAUGUUCUCACCAUUUCACUGAAGCGCUUUGCCAACUUCACUGGUGGAAAAAUUGCUAAGGAUGUGAAAUAUCCCGAGUACCUUGAUAUUCGGCCCUAUAUGUCUCAGCCCAAUGGGGAACCAAUUAUUUAUGUUUUGUAUGCUGUGCUGGUACACACUGGUUUUAACUGUCAUGCUGGCCACUACUUUUGCUACAUAAAGGCUAGCAAUGGCCUCUGGUAUCAGAUGAAUGAUUCCAUCGUGUCCACCAGUGACAUUAGAUCGGUGCUUAACCAGCAAGCUUACGUGCUCUUCUACAUCAGGUCACAUGAUGUGAAGAAUGGAGGGGAACCCACUCAUCCUACCCAUAGUCCUGGCCAGUCCUCUCCCCGCCCAGGAAUCAGUCAGCGGGUCGUCAACAACAAGCAGGCGGCACCAGGGUUUAUUGGACCCCAGCUGCCUUCCCAUGUCAUGAAGAAUACUCCACACUUGAAUGGCACCUCACCGGUGAAAGAUACGCCAAGUAGCUCCAUGUCAAGCCCUAACGGAAACACCAGCGUCAAUAGGGCGAGUCCUGUUAAUGCUUCGACUUCUGUGCAAAGCUGGUCUGUCAGCAGGCCCUCCGUUAUUCCAGAGCACCCCAAGAAACAAAAAAUUACCAUCAGUAUUCACAACAAGUUGCCUGUUCGCCAGGGUCAGGCACAGCUGAAUAACAACCUCCACGGCCCUUCUCUGGAGGCCCCUAGCAAGGCAGCCCCUUCCUCCACCGUCACUAACUCCUCUGCAAUACAGUCUACCUCGAACGCACCCGUGACGUCCGUGUCUAAUAAAGUAGCAAAAUCAGUUUCCCCUAGUGAAUCCUGUUCUAAGCCCAUGGUGAACGGCAAGGCUAAGGUGAGCUCCAGCGUGCUGGUCCCCUACGGGGCUGAGUCCUCAGAAGAGUCUGAUGAGGAGUCCAAGGGCCUGGCCAAGGAGAAUGGUGUAGACCUGAUGGCCAGCACUCCCUGUGCCAGGCCAGAAGCUGAAGACGAGGACGGUGAGGCUUCACCUCACGAGCUUCAAGAACCCGUCACGUUAAAUGGUGCUAAUAGCGCAGACAGCGACCUGAGAGAAAACGGCCUGGCCUUUGACAGUACCAGCUGCCAGGUCCAGCCCGAUCUACACACAGAAAACCUCUUUUCCAAACUUAACGGUCUUCCUGGAAAGGUGACCCCUGCUCCUUUACAGUCUGUUCCCGAAGACAGAAUCCUUGAGACCUUCAAGCUUACAAACCAGGCAAAGGGCCCACUGGGUGAAGAGAGUUGGACUACAACAAGGGAAAGCCCCCCGAAAGACCCUGUUUCACAGCUGGAGCCCAUCAGUGAUGAGACUGGUCCCUUUGAGACACCGGAGGCAGUCACCAAUGGGAGCAUGAAGACCCCUACGACCAUGUCACCCCUGGAACCUACCAUCGACUGUACCAAAGAAGACUCCUCGAUUGUUGUUUCAGCUAACCCUGUGGAAGCUCUGCCCUCCAUCACUGCUCUUUGUAACACCACCGGUACUACCUUGGGGGAUGGCCCACCGCCCGAAUUGUGUGACCCUGAUGACUUGACUACCAGCCCGAGCCAGCCAACCCAAGCAGUGAAAGGGGAGAUAGCUGAGAACCCGCAGGACUCCACCGUGGCUGAAGCAGUGGAGAGGCUGAGCCCGGCUCCCUCAGUACUCACAGGCGAUGGGGGUGAGCAGAAACUCUUCCUUUACCUCAGCACAGAGGGAUCCGAGGAGGCGGAAGACUCUUCCAGAAGCUCAGGGAUCUCUGCAGACACAGUGCCCCCUCAGCCUGACAGGACCACCAGCUCUUGUGAAGGGGCUGCCGAGCAGGUGACUGGGGACAGAGGUGAUGGAAGCAAGGUGGGACCCAAAGUUCAAGAACCUUCCCCAGCCAAGGAGAAGAUGAGCAGCCUCCGGAAAGUGGACCGAGGACACUACCGAAGCCGGAGAGAGCGUUCUUCUAGUGGGGAGCACGCGAGGGACGGCAGGGCCCGGGCGGAGGACCACCACCACAAGAAGCGGCGCUGCCACAGUCGAGAGCGGCCCACGCAGGAGCGCCGCCCUGCCAACCCACACUGCAAUGGGGGCCAGCACCCGGGCCAUGGCGACCGAGCCAGCCCUGAGCGCCGCUCCCUGAGCAGAUACAGCCACCACCACUCACGGGUGAGGAACGGCCCAGAGCAGGACUGGAGCCGGUACCACCAUUUGGAAAACGAGCAUGCCUGGGUCAGGGAGAGAUUCUACCCAGACAAGAUGCGGUGGGACAAAUGCAGGUAUUACCACGACAGGUACACCCCGUACACGGCCCGAGAGUGGCGGCCUCUGCGUGGUCGUGAACAUGAACGCACUGCCCAGCCUGGGCGUCCACACAAAGACAGCUACUGGGGCCGUAAGGGCUGGGAGCCGCAACCCCGGGGGAAGGAACGGCCCCACUUCCACAGCCCUCGAGAAGCCCCUGGCCUUGCCCUGCCCCUCGAGAGGCAUCCCCAGGAGAAGGCUGUUCUGGACAUGCAGGAAAGCAGCCACAGCCUCCCUGAGCGCUUUCAUGAACACGAAAGUGUCAAGUCGAGGAAACGGAGGUAUGAGACUCUAGAAAAUGUUGACAGCCGCCUAGAAAAAAAAGCCCACAAAAAUCUGGAGAAGGACACUUUGGAAGAGCCAAGGGUGAAGAAGCACAAAAAAUCUAAAAAGAAAAAGAAGUCCAAAGAUAAACAUCGGGAUCGAGACGGCAGGCACCAGCAAGAAUCCGACUUUUUGGGAGCAUACUCUGACACUGACCUCCAUAGACACCGGAAGAAAAAGAAGAAAAAGAAAAGACAUUCGAGGAAGUCAGAGGACUUGAUGAAAGAUGUUGAGAUGCAUUUACCGAAGUCUUCAAGCUAUGAGGCUGUCGGCCAUUUCCGGAGAACGGAAGGCACCUUUCUGCUGGCUGAUGGCCUGCCUGUGGAAGACAGUGGCUCUCUCCGGGAGAAAACCAAGCAUUUAAGGAUGGAAAGCCGGCCUGACAGAUGUCAUCUGUCAGAGUAUGGCCAGGGUGAUUAAAGCCUUGGCCUCAUAACAAAAAACAAAAAAAAAUUACGAUUCAACAUUUUCAACAGAAGCCAUCCCCAACCCAGCUUAAAUUAUAAACAUAGAAAAUAACUUUGUCCAAACUGCGUGGUGCUUCUUUAGUAAAUACUGUACAGACUUUACCAUGGACAACUUUUUUUUUAAGUUUGUUUGUUUUUUUUUGUUUUUUUUUAGUUUUUACUUUUUCUUAAUUGCCCUUAUUCCAAACGGAUACUUUGUACACUGCUGAACAUUGUAAAUUACCGUGUACAUAAAAACCACACUGAAAAUAAUGCCCUGGAAUAGACCAUCUCAGAUGCUGCUUAACUACAGACUCAGGUUGACUACUUGUAUUUCAUGUAAUGUUCCUCCAAGCUAGACAUCUGGUGCACGGCCAGCUGGGAACCAUGGACUUCAAAAGGACAAACCCACAGUGCGUCUAUUUAAUUUAAAGACCCAAGCUCUCAACUAGACCUUCGAGGGCUUCCUCUGCAAUGUCUGAUACUAGAAACUAAUUUGCUUCACAUUUUAGUUGUAUUCAAGAUUUGAAGAUGUAUUUUAUAGACAAGUUCUGUUUUUGAACUUUGUGGAACUAUUCCAAUCAAUUUACCAGUUAUGAUGAGUAUUUGCAUUAUGAAUGUAUAAUCCAGACAUUAUUUGUAAAGCCUACAGUAUGUUUUUAUUACCUAACACUUUUUAUACUGUGUCUUGUCUCGACAAUAUGAUAUUGGAGUCUGAGUCGUCAGCUUGAUCCCUUCAAGUUUCUAGUUACAGACAAAAAUCAUACUGUGAUUUUAUUUUUAAUAUGGAUAUGCUAUCAAACUGUGAUACACUUAUAAUUCACUGGUCCUGCAUCAGGAGACGGGAGUGGGGAAAAGACUGUAUUUAAUACAGUGUGUAUCUGAAUAAUCUGUAUGGUUUAUACAGUUUGUGUUGUUCAGAGAUGUCUAAAGUUGAUCUUUGUUUUUUUAAGAUUAAAAAAGCACUUGCCCCACUGUAUAUAUGGCAUGUAAAAUUUAUAUAGUAUAUAAAUGGCAGCAAAUUGAA